GUCUGCUUAACACCAGGUCAUACAAUACAACAUCACCAUAAAUAAUCACAAAUUAGUGAUAACGUUAAUCUUUGAUUAAUAAUUUGAACAAGUAAACCAACUAGUGGGGCCCAAUGGGACCAACCCAAGUGGCAAUGUUACAAUAUUAGCAGAAACAGCUGUUGUUAUUAUUCAAACAAAACAAUUUCUGUUCUUUUCUUUUCUCUUUCUUUUCUGUUUGGCAUUUGGCAAGAUCUGGUUUUUGAAAGGUGUUGUUUGGUUGGUUCAACUUUGAUCUUCUUCUUCAAGUUACAAUCUUUUUUCUUCAGUUACUAAUUGGGUCAUUUCAGAUCUUUGUUUCACUUCAGGAUCUAAUUAAGGAAUGCCAAGAAGAUAAUGGGGAAGAAGGGAAAUUGGUUUUCUAAUGUGAAGAAAGCUCUCAGCCCUGAUUCAAAGAAAUCAAGUAAAUCAAAGAAGAAAUGGUUUGGGAAGGAAAAAUUGCAGACUUCGGACCCUUCCUUAGGAACUGAUACAGCACCGCCUCUUCCUCCACCGGAAGAUAUUAAAUUAACUGAUAUUGAAAAUCAAAUCAGUCACCAUCAUGUUGCUGAAAUUACAACUUCCGUGGUUGAUGACAAACCUGGUCCUUCUGUUCAGGCAGCAGUUAUUAGGACCGAAGCCGUCGUAGUUUCUCGUUUUCCCGGUAAACCAAAGGACGAAGUGGCUGCAAUCAAGAUUCAGACAGCUUUUCGGGGAUACUUGGCGAGAAGAGCAUUGCGGGCUUUACGAGGGCUGGUCAGAUUGAAAACAUUGAUGGAAGGGCCCGUUGUAAAACGGCAAGCCAUGAGUACCCUCCGCUCAAUGCAGACAUUAGCUCGUGUGCAAUCUCAGAUUCGUUCUAGGAGGGUUAGAAUGUUAGAGGAGAAUCAGGCUUUACAGAGACAGCUCUUACAGAAGCAUGCAAGAGAACUUGAGACCAUGCGGAUUGGAGAGGAAUGGGAUGAUAGCAUACAAUCAAAAGAACAAAUUGAAGCCAAAUUAUUGAGCAAGUAUGAGGCUACUAUGAGAAGAGAAAGAGCAUUGGCUUAUGCGUUCACUCAUCAGCAAAAUGGGAAGAACUCGUCUAGAUCUAUGAAUCCAAUGUUCGUGGAUCCAACCAAUCCUACAUGGGGCUGGAGCUGGCUAGAACGAUGGAUGGCUGCCCGACCUUGGGAGAGCCGUGGCCUUACCGAUAAAGAAUUGAAUGAUCAUUCAUCUGUUAAAAGUUCAAGCCGUGGCAUUGCUGGUGGAGAAAUCAGCAAAUCGUUUGCUCGUUUCCAGCUAAAUUCCGAAAUACAUUCUCCAGCAGCCAGCCAAAAUCCCGGCUCACCUAGUGUUCAGUCCAAUUCAACUCCUACUAAGCCAGGUUCUGCAGGAGUUGCAAGGAAACUGAAGAAGGCGAGUCCAAAGGGAAGCUGGGUUAUGGAAGAUGACUCAAAAAGCAUGGCCAGUGUACAGUCAGGGUUCCGUAGGCACUCAAUUGCCGGGUCAUCAGUUAGAGAUGAUGAGAGUCUUGCUAGCUCUCCAUCAGUUCCGAGUUAUAUGGUGCCGACUCAAUCUGCGAAAGCUAGGUCGAGGACACAGAGUCAAAGUCCAUUAGCUACAGAAAAUGGCAAACAAGACAAGGGAUCCUUUGGGACUGCAAAGAAGCGUCUUUCUUUCCCGGCUUCACCCGUCAGGACAAGGCGUCAUUCAGGUCCACCAAAGGUAGAAACCGCCAUAAAUGCAGAGUUCACAGUGGGCAAUGGUGUGGCAAGUUGAUUAUAUAACCAGAAUGAAAGGAUUAAAAUUAUUAAAUCAGGAUUGAAGAUAUAUUGGUGAAGUAAUAAAACAAAAGUUCAUUUAAAUUGAGUGUUCUUUAUAUUUAUUUAUUUGUCCUAUUUUUAUGUGUAUCCUAACAUUUCAUGGAUGCUUUUAAUUGGGGUGAAAAUUGUUUUACUUACUAUAUAUUCAUCUGUUUGUAUUUUCAUUUGCAAUCUCUAAGCAGAAAAUUUUAGCUCAUGAUGAUGAUCUUGUGCAAAAGAAUGAGUCAGUCAGCUGUCAGAAUCCUUUCUUUCUUUGCUUCACCAAUCAAUGACUAGUAUAGUAUGAUUCUGGUUAAAGUUCUCUUUUCUUUGUUUUUUGUUCACCAUAAACUGAAAUAGUAUAUAAAGAUCUUGAUUCUUAAUGUGA